AUUCUGUGAUUGCACCUAGGAAUCUAGGAUAAUAUUAUUAUUUAUUAUUAUAGAUACAUUUUGAACGAUUAUUUGAAUAUUUAUUUUGUCGUCUAUUAUUGUAAUGUAAGGUUGUUCGAGUGUCUAACGUCUUGUUUAAAACUGUAAUUAUUAAACUUGUAAAUUGCAAAUGUAGUGCUAAAAAGUGAACGACCACUAACUGCCAACGAGAAAAAAUCAGGCUACUACAGACCAAGCAGUGUUAAUGUCAUCGUACCAAAGUUCGAUUCGUUCGUAAAUCCAUCUCAUAAUGUCAGAUUCGCCAAGGCCCAAAGGAUUGAAUACAUCGAGUGUUGGGAAGUCCUCACCGGCCCGUGAAGUUGAUGUUCACGCCGGUCGGCCCGCACAAGGGCACAGCGGUAAUUUGACUGGGAACCGUCGUAUAUUGAAAGACACCGCAGCAGAUAUCUUCAAUCGUAUGCAGCAAUGGAAAAUCCACCAAGACAGGGGAUGUGUUGUGAUAUCGAAUAUAUUCAAUUUGCGAAUGGAAACGUUAAACAUUAAAUUUCCUGAUCAGCUUGAAGGUUUAGUGAAGGAAUUAAAAAAACUUUGUGAGCAAAUGUUUGAUAUUGUUGAAGGGCUCAAAAUUAAACUAAGGAAUCUUACAGCUGUAUCGGUUUUAGAAAAAGGCAAUUCGACACCACUUUUCAUAUCAUGGACAACAGAACAUUUUUGUAAAGUAACUGAGAAAAUAUUAAGAGCUUAUCAAAAAGAACAGAAACUACAUCAAAGUCUUCUAUUGAGAAUAGCAGAUAACACGGAUCCUGAUAUUCUGUUAUUUUAUCUUUCAUGUUGGACAUAUCAGCCGUAUUUAGAUCAUAGCAUAGAAAAAGAAUUACAUUGUAUGAUUAAAGAGACUAGACAUGUAUGAGUUAGUUUAACAAUAAAUUAAGCUAAAAAUAAGUUAAGAGUUAUAAAAAAAGAUAUGAAUUUAUAUUAAUAAAACUAUAUUCUAAUUUAAUAACAAAAGAUUUUACAAGUCAAAAAUACUUGGAGUACUCUCCUGAGCACAUUUCCCUACAGAUUGAAUAAACUUAACAAAACCAGUAUCUUUUGGUUUCUCCAAACCUCUUAAUAAGCGGUUUUUCAUAACAGCAACAAAUUCUCGAUUGCUUAAUUGUCCAUCAACUAUAAAUUAAAAAUAAAAGUUAAUAGCACGAAUAGUUUUAAAUUUUUAUAAACACUAGCAAUGUAAAAUAUUAACUUACGGUUUUCAUCAAAUAUUGUGAAAAUUACAUUGAUCAAGUGGUCAUUUAAGUCAACAUGAGCUACAGUGUUAGCUACAUGUUUUAAAGUGGCUAUAAAAAAUAAUAAUAAUAAAUCACCAAUUAGUAUUUCUAUAAUAAUUAUUAAUUAUAAAAAGUGAAAUAAACCUUGAUCAAUUGAUGCUCCUGCAAUAUGAUAAAAAGUAAGAGCUGUAUCUACAUCAUUAAUAUUAUUCAAAAAGUGAAAAAAAUGUAAGUAGUCUUCUUCGCUGAUGCCUCGAGUAUUUUCUUUAAAUCUGAAAUCAUUACAAUUAUUAAUCAUUCAAUAUGCUACAUCAAUUGUUUAUUAAAAUAAUAAAUCUAUUAUCUAACUAGUUUGAUAGAAUUUGGGAUUAAUUAAU